AUGUCGGACCGAUCUGCGGAAAUGUCAACAUCUCAGCUCGUCCACCGCCUAUCUACCGGGUCCGGGCUGGGCAUCAGCAACGCCUCCCUCUCGCCGCCAUCGGUGUCCACCACCCAAGUUAGUACAGACUUUAUCGUCUCCCCUCCCACCUCCCCCAGCCGCCCUCUCCCCUCUCCACGGGCAUACCAACAACAAGCGUCCCCCUCCAAGGCAUCCGGAUCCAACCACUACCAGCCCAAGGUAGCUCUCCGGCCAACACAUCAUCGCGGGGCAAGCUCCAAGGGCUUUGCGUCAUUCUCGGCGCUCGCUCCAUCCCCUACUCGGUCGUCGCCUCUGAGGUCUCGUCCUGAGGAUCGGCAGGAUGGCUCGAUCGGCAGCGGCAGCGGCAGUCGCCCCGAGAAUCAUCGGGGAGAAUCAGCGGACAGCAACCUGAGGCGGAACUUGUCUAAUGCGUCGGCGAGCACUAUCGGGAGUCGGAUAAAGAAGAGUCGGAGCUCAGAGCUGCUCCGUCGUCUCUCGGCUCGGGGACACGAGACGAUUUCGGGGGGAAAGUACCAGCCUCUAUCGGGAGACGAUGGGGAACGGGAGGAAGCAGAGGAGGCGACUCAGCCUGAACGGCGUCCCUCUCGCGAGCGGAGUCACACCGUCUCGACCAUCUCGGCCCACGCGGCUCUCUCUCCUCAGACACACGAGCCCAGCCCUUCUGACUCCGGCCACCACUUCAUGCCCACCUCCUUCCCUGAUCCCCCAUACCGCCCCGACUCCUCAUACCGUCCCUCAUCUCACCACCCUCCUCCCUCCGCCGCACUCGCCCGGUCCCAGUCGCAACCUCCCAACGGGUUUUACCCGGACGGCCCGGAACUGCGGUACUCUGCCGAUCCCAAGCGGAUAUCGGACCCCUCUACCGGCAUCCACUCGCAAAACCAUGCCCUCUUCGUCGCCGAGAAAGGAGGCAAGAUGCUCGCGUACUCGGCGGACGGGAUCUGGUCCGCCAAUUCCAUCGCGUCCACCCCUCCCGUCGGGAGUCUCGCUCAGCACCCCCAGCACCCUCAACCGCGCUUGACGAUGCAGGACGACGAGGAUCUCAAGGCGCGUCCAUGGAGCUACAGUACCGAAACGCACCAACAUCACCGGCCGCCGCACGUCCGGUCACUCUCCGAAGGGGCUACGUUAGCGCGGUAUGGCACGCUCCUACAUCCCGGAUCGGGCGGUCAGCGGGCCAGCACCGAGCUGGGGAUCAUGCUCGGCAACAAGUCGCGCCGGCUCAGCCAGGGCAAGCUACUUCCCCCGCCAGAACUCGAGGCGUGGAAAGCGACCGGAGGGGCAGGAGCGGAGAAGGUCAAGCUGGAAGCGGCAAGGAAGCGGCGAGCAAGGGUCGAGGUCGAUGUGGUGCUUGAGCGGGAGUGUGUCGUCGAGGGCGGAGAAGUCAGGGGGAGGAUGGAGAUCCGCGUCAAUGGGAGUAAAAGCGAAGGUCUUCGAGUAGGAGGUGGGAAAGUGAGAGUUGUGGGCUAUGAAGAUAUCUCCCCCCAAUCCAGACAUAUCUUCUACCACCACCCCCACCCCCUUCCCCUCUUUGCGCACCCGCCGAUCCCAAACGGGCCCGUAUCCUCCCUGUUCGCUUCUCAUCCCGAUAACGACGGGUUUCGCGAAGUCAGCCCCGGGACGCACUUUAUCCCCUUCUGCAUGCGCCUCCCUCUCGCCGGGGGCGCCAAAGGCGCAUAUACCUCGCCUAGCCCGAAAGGCCCUUCGGUGCGCUACGUCGUCGUCGGCUCGGUCAAGCUCUUACACCCCAAAACGGGCAAACGGUCAAUUGCGCACUUUUACCGCCCGAUUGUCAUUCUGCCGUACCUCAACCCGGGAAUCGUAUUGGCGCCGUGUGAGGAGAUGGUGGAGGUGGUCGAGAGGAGAGGAUUGGGGUGGAGUUUGGGCGGAGCGAAGGGAGUGGUGGAGCUGCGGGUGGCGUUAGGGAGGGAUGUUUGGGUUAGUGGGCAAAGAGUGUGGUGUGAAGUUGGCGUGAGGAAUGAGUCGAGCAAGCGGAUCAAACGUCUUACUCUGGCUCUGCUGCAGACGGUCCAGACUUUCCUACCGGAUAAUGAUACCGCUGCUGUUUCGACGGACAAGGAUGGCAUCCCCAAUGCAGACGAGGCGCUCGGGAUCGCUAGUACCUUCCGGCGCAAAGUUGCAGAGGAAAGCAUCAUGGCGGAUGAGCAGGAUCAUGGAGGGGGAAGGGUCACGGGCAAGAACUGGUGGACUGGCGUAGAAGCUGGAGAGAUGGGCGGCUGGGAUCUGAGCUUGCUCAUACCUAACGGUCUCCUUACCAUCCCUCGCUCGCGCUUGGUGGAGGUCACAUAUACCCUCCGCCUCACCGCCAACUCGAGCACGAACCUCUUCGUCGACGUCCCCGUCACCCUCAUCAAUUUCCUGAGCAUCGAUCCACCGCCCAUGCCCGGAGACGGCGCCCGCUUCGGUGUACGAAACGCCCAGGCGGUACCUAUCGGCCAAUACGCCUCGCACCCCGUCGCGUCGACCGCGGGCGGCCCGUAUGGCGCCCAUAGCCAAGACGGGUCGGCCUCCCUUCAUUCUGGAGAAGGACCUGCUCGUGCCAGCUCUACUACACUACAUAUCGACGCGCUCCUCUCUGCCGGUCGGGCACGCGCGGACGCCGAGGCGGCUGCCAAUUACCCGGAGCAUGCUCGGAGUCGUCAACCACGCCCUAUCUCCACUAUUAGCGAGUAUAAUACGCCGGACGUCUUUGGUCAAAGCCACGGCCAUGGCCACGGUACGCCCCUUGGCGGAUGGGCGAACCGGGCUUCCCUCCCCAUGCCUGGCGGAAUUGGCGCUGGGAUGAUGCGUCCAAAAGGCCAGCGUAUGAUGUCGUAUCUCUCCGCUCGGUCUAGUCAGCAGGAUCACCCCCUGUCAGAGGAAGAUGAAGACGAGGAGAUCGAUAUCGACGUCGAGGCGGACCGGCUCCUCCUUGCUGCUGCUCGGCGCGAGGGACGCAAGAUGUCACUCGCGGCCCUCACUCGUGCGGCGGAGCGGGAAGCAGACGACUACAUGCAUCAAGAUCGGGACGACCUCCUCUCCCCUACUCGCGAAACUCCGCCCACGGGUACGUGGUUCCCUACCGAGACGCCAUACGAGGAGGGCUUCAAGGUGCUGGGCGAGACGCCCAGUAUGCGUAGUCGGAGCGUAGGAAGCCCGGCGCCUGUACCUACCAUCGGGAGCGGGAGGACGCGGCGCAGCUCCAAGGCUGAGGAGGCGGACGAGAUGCGCCGGCUCGAACGGCUCACUAUUGCCGAGGAGCAGGAGGCGUUGGCGUCUACGAGAGGAUCGUCGGAUGACCAUCAUUAUGGGUCGGCGUCGGGCUCAGGGUCAGGGGAGGAGCACGAGGGCGGAGGAGGGUACGCGGACCAUGAGCUCCGCGCAGUGGACCCGGAAGCUGAAGUACGGCUCGCUCCGCCCAUCACCGGUACCUCGGCUCAACGUCAGAGCCGGACGGAGCAUCGGCGGAGCCACGAGGUCAUCCCGGAGGAAGAAGAGCCCGAGGAGGAGGACACACAAGUGGGCAACGAGACCGUCCUGGAGGAUCUGGUCGCUCCGCACGAGGACGAUACCCUCCGUAUGACCCUCCCAAGUCAUGCCGAAGCGGGCGACCCCAGCGAAGACGCUUUCGAAUACAGCGACGAGAUUGAGCGCUCUCCCGAUCCCGCUUUGCUCGGCUCGCUCAACUCCACCUCUGGGACGGGCAACACGGCGUCCUCGCUCCGCGUCCCGUCCCGCUCUGGCUCGGCACUGGAUACGAUGCUCAUCCGGUCGGUGGACAGUGAGCGCGAGGCACACAUUCAGCAGACGCGCUCGCUGUAUGGCUCGUUCGCGGCUUCGGCGGUCAGCGAGCAGGACUCGGAGGUGGGGCAGGUGACGGAGGCGGUCAAGCGGAACUUGUCGAUAAAGACUCCGAGUCGGACGAUGAGGUACCGUCAGGACGACGAUGGGGUAGAGGGAGAUACGGACGAGGACAAGCUGUCGCCUACUCGGGCACUCAAUAUCCCUCGGUCUGGCUCCGCGCCGUUCGGGAUGGCUGGCGGAGGAGGGAGGAAGUUCUCGCAUACUCCUUCGCCGGAGAAACGGGCAAGCGCUGCUGCCGAGUCAGCGGGUAUAUCGCCAAAGAUGGGUACACGGUACUCGUCCGCGCCCAACAUCCAGGGUCUGAUGCCUCGGCGCGAAAGUUCUUCUACACCUGUCGCUCCCUCUCCUCUACGAGACACUACCACCCUCGCCCCCUCUUCUAUCGGUCGUGUAUUCGCCAAUCGUCCUUCCUUCUCCUUCAACGCCCCCGGACCUAACCGGGACCGCGAGGUCAGCCAAUCGCCCCGUGGCGGGAACACCUACAGCCUGUCCCCCGGUCCAAGUCCCCGUUCUGGGUUCCCGGACCCACCACCCUCCGAGCCAAUGCAGCGCCAGCUCUCGGCUCAGUCCAGUCAACUGCGAAACCAGGUCCGAGUCCGCCCACCCAGCGAGGAGCUCCCACAGCUCGCGCCGUCCGUCGCGAGCGAUUCGGGCUCUUCCGAGGGACACGGGUUGGAGAGUCCUCCCAUCGCUUCCAAUCCGGCAGGCAUGGAGGCUGUUAUACUGCACGACCCCGCAGGAUCCCGUCUCUCUGGCGGAGCGGACAAACCUCUCCCUUCCGAUCCCGCUAAAUCAACCACCUUCAAUCCUGUUCUCGACCCCAACUGGCUUCCCGCUCCCCAUCACCUCCACACCCAGGUCGCAUUCGCCCGAACGUCAUUCUCUGCUCCCGAUCCGCACGCCGAAUCUCCUCGCGGGAAAGCCUCGCGCAAAGAAUCGGGCAAGGCAAUCUCGGCAGGAGACCACAGUGUCUACUCGCACGAGGACGAAACAUAUGCCUCCCACGCACAACAUGGUCGGUCCCGUCCGACGUCGCCGUCAGGGACGAGUCACUCGAGCCACGCGCCUAUGCCGAGCGGGAUGCAGAGCCGGCUGAAGCAGCUCGAGGCGCGGGAUGAGGCGUUGAGAAAGUUUAGCGUGGCUAGUGCCGCGUCGGGGCAGGGCGGUGGGCAGGGGUACGAACGGGAGAGACAGGGGUCUGGGCAGGUCAGGGGGUCAGUCGGAGGGUAUGAGAGGGAGAGGGCCGGGUCGGGGCUUGUUCCCCGCGGUUCGGUCGGUACGGGGUACGAGCGGGAGCGGGUUGCGUCAAUCCCGACGCACGCAGGUGGGGAGGUGGUCAGGCGCGAGAGCAACAAUGGUGGCAACCGGAACUCUGCGCCUGCGCAAGAAGUAGAAGCGGCCGACAAGGUCGUCCGGAAACGCCGGUCCUACACUGCUGCUCUGGGUGCAAGGCCCGUCCGGUCUGCAUCUGACGACAUCAUCGAUAAGCCCACCGCCACCACUCCUGCGCUCGGAGGCACGACGUACAUUACCCGUCGGCCUUUCGGCGCUUCUCCUCCUCCCAUGCACGAGGCCGGUUCGACCGGAUUCGGAUGGCAGUCUCCCCCGAGAUUGGAGGUGUCGUUCUCGCCCCCUUCCCGACCCUCUGCGGGGCUGCAGCGCAAUCUGUCGGCUUCGUCGGUCAGUACCACCGCUACUACGAUCGAGGCUGCCCUCGCCUCGCGCAGACCAGCCGGGCCUCGGGCUACCGCUCCCAGAACUCAGGUUGCGCCGUCGGUAGAUCCAUACGAGAAUCUUCAGCCAAGCGGCCAGGCCGGAGGAUACGCCUAUUCUUCCCCAGCAUACAACGUCUAUGGCGGUGGAGGCGGUGGAGGCGGCGCAGAGCAGGCGGACUUGGGGAGAUACUUAGCGCCGGGACAGACGUACGGUGCGGACGCGUAUGGGAGUGAGCAGGGGAGCGUGCGGAGCAAAGCGAGCGCAAGGGGAUAUGAGUGGGCAGAGCCGCAGAGGAGCUGGACGGGGAGAGGGUCGCAAGGGACUGAUGACUCGGAGGGGUUGUUGUAG